CUGUGUCUGAACAGACUGUUUGCCACAUGUAGGAUCUGAUGCUGGGAACACACAAUACAUUGUCACCAGAAUACAGUGUAUCCAGUUGCAGAGAGGAGUAAGAGAAGAAGGAGAGGAGGAAUAAAAUGGCAUGGGUUCAAACCAGACCGUUUAAAGUGUAUGAACAUGGAGGACAAAAUACAGAGAUCUGUAAACAAUUUACAAGGAAGAUUGAAGAAAGAGGAAGAUAUAAAGUAUCAGUUUGUAUUGACAUUCCGAAGCUGUCUUUUCUGUAUGUUCAUGAAGUUACCCGGGUUUUUCAUGACAUUAAGAGUGCACUGAAUAGUGCUGGAAAUAUCAAUUCCUAUGAUGCUGUGGUUGUAUUUAGGAAAUUAACACCAUAUGACAAACCAGACUCCAGUGAUCUCUACUCCAGAACCCGGCCCUUGGAGAUCCCUGAUGAGUUACCCAUCGUUGUAUGCUACUGGUUUGAAAAUAACUGUGGGCAACAACUGUGUGACUGUGAGGAAAACGAGAAGUCUGUGAAGAAGCUUGUUCACUUAAUAAAAAAGGACACGGCCAGCAGGUUCCCCGGCCUCUUCUCAGGCUGGUGGCCCAACCUGGGACUCAGAGACUUCUGGAACAGCUGGUGGCCCAACCUGGGACUCAGAGACUUCUGGAACAGCUGGUGGCCCAACCUGGGACUCAGAGACUUCUGGAACAGGAUGACCUCAACAGAAUUGUUCACUUAUGUAAUAAUCAUCACAGUCAUCCUUGCCGGAGUCAAGUUGUACUUGUGGUCGUCCAAUGAUGAUGUAUAAAUUGCCACAUCUAUGGUGCCCAAGCACAUCUGUGUGAGGUCACUGCUGAGCAUGCCCACAUGUGCCUGGAAGAAUGUGUACAGGAGGGUCCCCUUCCUUGUGACAAAACUGUAUUUGAACUGUGCUGUUUAUUGAUGCAGGAAAAUGAUUACAGCCCACCAACCAACCUAUCAGAUGCAGUUCUGCUCUAUGAGUUCCUUCAAAACACAAUAUACUCAGAUUUAUACUCUCUCUCUCUCUCUCUCUCUCUCUCUCUCUAUGUAAUUAUUUCAUGAUAGCUAUCAGAUGUACGAACUAGUAUGUUAAAGACAAACACUGCUCCUCAUAAAUGUGUCUGGACGGUUAACAGAUUGAUUUUAUUUUUUUUAUCAGAAAUAAAAAUGACUCAGAAAUUCUAUAACAAUGCAUUAAACACAUAAUAAUAAUUAAAGGUUGAUGUAGGUGAGAUGAAAUAAAAUAAAUUUUCAAAUGUAUUUUUUUUCAUUUUUUAUUUUGAACAAUAUCAAAUGAACAACAACUUUUGUCAAUGUUACAUAUUUCUCUUGGUAUUUAACAGAAGCCCUUCAAAGACUAGGCUUUUUUUCUCUACAUUGAAAAACAAAAGUAAUGAAUCCAUCUUUCAUGGUGUGACAGGGCGGAGCCCUGUCUGUGUCUAUAGUGUGUUGUUGUGAGAUUGUGUCCAUGUGAGAAUGUUUGAUUGAUUGCGUGAGUGCGCGUACGAUUCAAAUCCAUGUCUCUGUGUGUGUUGUUUAGAUAAUUGUUUGCUUUAUUGUUCACUUGCGGUUUGUAGUUUGUAUGUGAUUGUGUAAUGCACAGAUAAAACAUGAAGACUAUUAAAGCAGAAAGAUUAAAUGUAAUCAGAUAUUAAAAGAGACUUUGUUUAAGGUAAUGCAGGAAGCUAAAUUGACAUCGGCAAGACGAAUUAGAGAAAUAAGUAAUGAAAUAGAGAUAGUAAUAAAUGACAUAAAUUGCAUGUUCCCUCCAUCAGAAAUGAGACAGUUACUUAGAAAAUCGGAAAGAGAACCUUUAGAAUACAUUCGGUUUGUAGAUGAUAUUUUUGGGGUUUGGACACAUGGAGAAGAAUCUCUUUUCCAGUUUCAUAAAAUGGCAAAUUAAAUACACAGUAAUAUUAAGGUGAACCUUUGAUGGACAAGAAAAGAAAUAGAAUUUUUAGGUACCAUAGUAAAACUUGAAGAAGGUUCAAUUGAGACUGACCUCUUCUGUAAACCUACUGACAUGCACCAGUAUUUACACAUGUCCUCUGCACAUCCGAUACACACUAAAAGGAAAAUCCCAAAGGGUCUAGGAAUAAGAAUACGAAUAUGAAGAAUAUGCUCAAAAGAAAGUGACUAUGUAAAACAAAGAAAUGUAUUAAAAACAAAUCUUAAAAAAAGAGGAUACAAAGAAAGAAUUAUAGAGACGGAGUUAAGAAAAGUGGAUAAACUAAAAAGAGAUGAUCUACUAGAUUAUAAAAAUAGAGAUAAAAAGGUCAAAAGAGUCCCAUUAGUAAUGACUUUUGCCCAGUAUUUCUAAGAUAGUUUAGAAACACUUGCAGAUUCUACAUAAUUCAGAAAAAAUUAAAAAAGUAUUUCUUAAGGCCCCAGUUGUAGCAUUCAAAAGAGAAGCUAAUUUAGGUGAUGUUUUAGUUCACAGUAAACAUAAAAGAAUAAUUGACAAAAUAGGUUCUACGAACAUGUGCACUAGUAGAUGGAAAGUGUGUAAAUACAUAGACAAAAGUAAAAAUAUAAUUAAACAUAAGAACACCACAUAUCCACUAAAAACUAAUACCUACUGUAAAAAUAGCAAUGUUGUUUAUGGAAUAGCCUGUGAAAAAUGUGAUGAAAUCAAAUAUGUUGGAGAGACUGGAAAUACUUUAUAUAAAAGAAUUCAGAACCACAUUUCAUUAAUUGGAAAUAAAAAAAAAAAAUGAAUGAAACAAUAGUACAGCACUUCACCAGUCAAGGACAUGACAUAAAUGAUGUAAAGUUUGUAGUAUUAGAACAGCUAAAAUUAGACAAUGCGACAUAUAGAAGAAUAAAAGAAAGUAAAUGGAUAAAUAGACUGAACACGAUUAUGCCAGCGGGACUCAACAGAAAAGAAUGAACUAAUUAACUUAAAUAAAUAUAUAACAUUUAAAUAAAUAAACAAAAUUCAUUCAAAAGUUGUGCAUGCUGAUGCGCUGGGGAGGCCAAAUCAAGACUGAUCCUCAGAGCCAGCAUUGCAUGAUAUAAUAAAAAUAUAAGUUUAUAUAAAGUAGUGUUAAUUAGAAUUAAUACAGAUUCAAAGAUAGAAGUAAAAAUGAUGUCACAAUAUAUAGAACACCAUUACAUCAUGUAAGAAUAAAUCAUGGAUUUGAAUGUAAACAAUAACAAGUAGUUGUCAUGCCGUCAAAAACCUAUAAAUACCUCCAAUGUUUUGAUUCAAACACAGGCUCCCUUGAGAAAGAUAUGUACAACAUAUCGAAACGUUGGGCAGCUGGCUCUUUGAGCUAAAAUAAAUCUAUAUAUAUAUACAUAGAGAGAGAGAGAGGGAGGGGGCUAGGUCUAUGUGAGAGAGUUGUUUGAGU